AUGGCGCAAGCACAGCCACAGCAACCUCCUACUCAACGUUCCCCUCAAUAUCCCCCGAAUCAGCCGUUUUCACCUCCCGUCUCGACUCCGACUCCUCCAGUGAAUGCCGCCAUCUAUUCCCCUCCUCCUAAACGGCCACGACUCUCCCCUCUCCCACAAUCACAGUCUACUUAUGCAUCGCCCAGUUUGGGCGCGUCGCAGCUACCUCAAGCUCAUCCUACAGGUCUAAAUAAUGGGUUCCAAGUGAAUGGCAUGUCGACGCCUGGACUUGCGUCCGUUGCCCCUGCACCCCCUGGUUCUAUGGGUCCUCCAUCCCGGCCAGCCGACAAACCAACGGACGCUUCAGACUUGACCGAUGUUUUGGCACAAUCCGGUAUCGAUGUUAGGGAAGAAGAGGCAUAUUUGACCCAGAGCUAUGCGGCACCAGUGGUAGCCCCCCGUCCACAGGCACCUGGGCUAAAUACAUCCUUUACGUCGGCUCCGUCCACCCCAGGUAUUGCGUCAGCAAACGUUAGCUUUGAUUCCAAACCUCCGCCAACACAAGAGCAACAAAUUGUGCCCGCAUAUUCGGAGGAUGCGCCUUACAAUCAGCCAACGUACGAAGAGACCCAGGCAGCGAGGAGAUCUCAGUAUCAUUUACAAGAGCCAUUUCUUCUUACCAAAGUACUUGAGCAAAAGAUGCAGAAACGCGCAUACGAUCUGGGCGUACGGCUUCCAACAGACGGGUUGUACCAUCCAAUGCCAGGCUCACGUCAACCAAUCGAGGUGACAGGCCCAGACGGUUCGUCUAUCGUCCGCAGAGGACAUACCAUCAUCAAUCAAGAAGGAGCACCCCUUGUUGAUAUUCUGUCGCUCAUGUCACUUUGUUGCGAAGAACGAUUGAGAGGUGUCAUUGAAUACUCUGCUAGUUUAUCGAAGAGCCGCCGGUUACAUUCACAUGGCGCCAUUCCUGCAGAAUGGCAAGCUUUGGCUGCAACGACACCAAAAGCUUCGGGGCCUAUUGCAGGUACUCCUUCGAAGCGACCACAUGCUGCAAUCGACAACGGCCCUCAGUCAUUGGUAAGCAAGUAUCUUGCUUUAUCGACAGAAGACAUGUCUGCUGAGCAAGCUCGUGCGGCCAAACGGGCGAAACGAAAUGCGGAUAAUAUAAUCAGCGAGGCCAAUGGCAGCAGGGCACCCUCGAUAGAUGUAGGCUCUGGUGCUGCAACACCGCUAUCUCAAGUAGCAAUGGGUCUCGACAAAAAAGGAAUCACCAAAAAGGAAGCAAAGAAACAGCUGGACGCGCGGGCGACUGAAGCCCAGCAGCAUCAACAAUCUGUUGAGACUGCGCGUAAGGCUCUAUCGAGUACGCUAUUUGGAGGAUCCAAGAAGCGAACCUAUUCCUGGUUGAACAAGGGUUCAGCUGUGAAUACCGUCUCAUCGCCCCGUCCUCACUCUCCGGCCCUUGGCGGCCCCGGUGUCAGUGCCAGCGGUGGGAAUGAUACAAGCGAGAGGAAGCGUAACGCCAGUAUCGCCCCUACAGAAAUAUCUCGGUUAGGAGACUGGCGUGAAGACAAGUCCAACGGAAUACAAGUACGAGACAUAUUAUUCAUGCUCGAACAAGACGGAAGAGGCUCUCGACACGUCCAAAAAGCCUACAGUAAAGAUCUCCAAGAAGAACGAAUUGCUUGA